AUGGGCGAGGAGUACGCGCGCUCCCCCUGCGAGCGCUUCCCGGCGGCGGGCGCGUUCAGCGUCGCGCCGCCGGAGCGGCUCAGCCCGCCGCCGCCCGCGCCGUUGCCGGACCGCUUCUCGGCGUCCCCGCGGCGGGUGCGCCGGUGCGCGGAGGCGGAGCGCGCGCGGCGGCCGCGCUAUGUGCCCCCGGCGGCGCACGUGCCCGUGGAGCGGUACGUGCCGCGGCCGCCGGCGCCGCUGCGACCGCCGCCGCCGGUGUACUGCGGCCUGGCGUGCCGGCCUCCAGCGCCGAGGAAGUGCUGCGGCCCCGCGUGCCGCGAGGACAUCGCGGGCUCGCCGCCGCCGACGCGCUACGUGGAGUACGUGGGCGCCGCCGCCGCCCGCCGGCUCGCGUGCACGCCGCCGCCGCCGCCGCCGCCUCAGCUGCAGCUGCCCUGCGAGCCUCAGGAGCCUCCUUGUUGCGUGCAAGCGCGCAGGAGACCACAGCCACCACAUGAUUGGUAA